AAUGAGGAAGCCACGUUAUUUGUAAACAAAAAAAAAAAAAAAGACAGAAAAAUACGGAACUGUAAAGUUGAACUUUUGAACCGAUUAGAACUUUUUCAAUCUGCUUGGACCGGUGAUAUCUUAUCAACGAAUACUAGAGACCCAAAUAAUCACCGGAGAUAUAGCGUACUGUAGCAAUCCAACGAAAAAUACUGGUAAUUGCCAAUUGGUAAGUAGUAAGGUAAAAUACAAAUUUAUUUUUAAAAUAUAUAUAUUUUUUAAACAUUUGAAUUGACUUUGCUUAUUCACAUAUUAUUACGUAUAUAAUAGUGUAAAUGGACGCUAUUUCUAUUAUUAUUGUUGUUAAUCAUUGAAAUUUUAUAUUAUCUAGACAAAAAAUACUAACUAUAAAUAAACAUUGAUUUACAUUGUCAUUAGUCUCAUUGGACUCAUACUCAACUCAUUCAUUCAUUUCAAAUGAGCCACAAUUACAAUUGACAAUUAUGAUUUUCAAAUUGUCAACUGACUAAUUAAAAAAAAACAAUACUUAAUCAGUUAUAGUUAUUUAAGUUAUAGCCAUGAAUAACAAGAUUGUAAGUCAAGUGUAAUAUUUUGAUCUCCUAAAAUUUAAGACUUAGAACUUUUGUUUUGGAUCUAAAAGACAAUAUAUUAAUAUAUAAUAUUUGACUUAUACUACUUAUAAAAUCCUUUCAAUGAUGAAAGAAGAUGAUUAUUUAUUUUCAAAAAAAAAAAAAUAAAACAAAAAUAAUUGCUUUGAACUUAGUAAGCUAUAUUGUAUUCUAUAUCAGAAAUUAACACAAUUUGUUUAUUAGACUAGGCUGACUAGGCAAGUACUGGAAUAAUAAUAGGUAUGGACCAUCUAAAUCAAUGAUUAAUUUGAGUAGAUUAACUCUUUUAACUUUUGUUAAAAUUGGGAAAGCUAUAGCUAUAGACUAAUUAAUUUAAUAAUGCAAAAAUACGAUCAGGCGAAAGUAAUACUACUAACUAAAUAAGGAAUUCCUAAAUUAAAAUAGACCUAAAAUGAAUGUAUAAGUAAAACGCCUACCCUACCUCUUACCAUACUCUAUAGGGCAAAGUGGCCUGUUAAUUUCUUAUAUCUAUCUUUUACUCUUAGACUAAGGCCUUCUAAUAAAAACCAUGCCCAUACUGAUAAUAAUAUACUGUGAUUUAGUGAUGACUCUAUCUAUAUUAAUAUUAUAUUUUGGUAUAAGAGAUACUAAACUAAAAGAUCUUGGCAUAGACAGAUAGACUCUGACUCUAUGGCACAGGAAUAAGUUUAAGUAAAAUUAGUAGGCAUUUUAUGGCAUUCAACUUUAGACAUUUUUUUUUCUAAUUAAAAAAAAAAAUAUUCUUGCUGUUAAAGAUCAAUGAAUGUGACUGAAAUAGGCCUAUAUAGUAUUUAUACAUUUAUAUGUUCUUUAAUGUGCCUAUUCAUAGUUGUGAUAUGAUAUCAACAAAGUUUAAUUAGGCCUUGCUCUCCAAACAAAGAUUGUUACAUUUGUUUAGCCCCAGGUUGAUAAUUAAGCAUAAAUGCCUACCUCCAUUAUGGAGGUAUACAAUUAAAUAAUUCUCAGACAUAAGCCAGUAGUUUAGUUCUGUUUACACUGUUUUCACAUCACUGGCAAACCCUUUUUAGACAUUUCAGGGCACUUUAGUCACUUAUAUAAUCUUAGAUAUCUGAAGGUACGAGAGAUAAACUCUUGGAACCUAGAAGUAUUUUAUUUACAGUCUUUGUAUGACAUUUAGAAAUGCAUUGUGUUUGCCCUUUUCUUCCCUCAAAGCUAUUAUCAAAUUAUCUGUAAUUUUAAUUAACCUAUAUUUCAAUCAUUUUUAUGCCAGUUAAAUUUUUAGAGUUAUAGUGAUCUAGAAAAUGAGACUAGCGGGCUGUGACAACUAAAUAAUGCCUAGUGUGUUUUGUUUUAAUUUCUGUAAGAAGACAAGUCUUAUAAUUUUUAGCUUUGUUAUUACAGACUUUUAUUGAUUUUUAGUAUGCAUCAUAAGUUUAUUUAUAAGCUUAUUUGUUUUUCUGUAAAUUUUGUGAAUACCAUUAUUAAACCAAAAGAAAUAAAUUAAAUUGAGCAACAGCAGAUUGUCCCAUAUUAUUGGGGCAGGUGUGUUUUUGUAACUGAUAUCGUCCUGUUCAACUGAUUUAUUAAUAAUAGCUACAGAACUAGCAAUGUCGAGCAGUGACACGCAAUAACCAGUUUCAAAAAGGGAUUGCCACUGAAACCAUUUAGAGACCAAAAGAAAUAAUUUUAAAUAAAUAUUUUGCUUCAUUGCAGGACUCAAUUUGGAGGUCUGCCACACGGAGGAAAAGUUAAAAGGACGGCAGCUGUUCACCACAGUUAAUAUAUAUUGUGCUCUCUGCAGAAAGAAAAUAUUUAAGGGACAGAGUUUUACAAUAUAAAAUCUAUUGUAAGUUACUGACACAUUUUCGCUGAGGACAUCUGAUCAUACAUACAGUAUCUUAUACUUCACUAGGACCUGAAAGAAGAAAAAAAUGUCUCAUGGGACCGUAAUCUCACAGCAGCCUAGGUCUGAUGACAAGGGGAGACAAGACAUGCAAAUGAAUCCCUACCCUGUUGUUGUACAGCCAGGCAUGCAGGCACAGCAAGGUAUAUAAACACAUAUUGUUAUUGUAAAUCUUGGGGAGAUAAUUUGAGAUUUCCCAUAAUUAUAAGUCUUAUUAUCCUGUGAGUUUAGGGCAGGUAACAGUAAAGAAAGGAAAUGUUUAUCUAUAUUUUAAAUGUUAACCCUAAUUUAUUAAAGUAAUCUUACAUUUAACUCUUUUAAGAAUAUCCCUCUUAAAUUUAAAAAAAAAAAUAGUUACUUCGGGUUUCAUGUACGACUUUUCAACAAUGAAAACACUUCAUUUUUCAAGUUGGAUCUAAGUUUUCUCUGGAGUGCAAAUUUAUAUUUAGAAUGUGUACGUUUAUUUUCCCAUUAAAGUAUACCCUAAAUAAAUCAGGAAAUAAACUCAUUACCCAAGUAUGUUUUUUUUUAUAAGCUUGACUUGCAGUUACCUAUCAACAAAUCAGGAAAUAAACCCCUUUUUUUUCAAGGCAUCCCUUGUCUAGCACGUAUUUGUGGAGAUUCACAUGAAAUUAAUCAUUGGGGCACAUAAAUUUCUCAUACUCACUCUGAUAUUUGACCGUUACGUCGUGUCAUUCUCUGAUUUUUAAGACCCAACCUUAUAAAUUUGGAGCAUCUAAGCCUUUACAUAUUUGAACCAAUAGUACCUCUCUGCAGUUGUAGGUUGAUUUUAUUAGUUAUUUUGGGUAAACAGAUGAUUCUAGUUUUUAUCAGGCUUACACUUGACUCAAGUUAUAUUAGGUAUACACUUGAUUAUAGUUAUAUUAGGUAUACACUUGAGUCUAGUUAUAUUAGGUAUACACUUGAUUCUAAUUAUAUUAGGUCAAUUAGGUAUACACUGGAUUCUAUGCAUAACAUAUAUACAGUCGAUUUUAGUUAUAUUAUGUGUAAGGUGUACAAUCGAUUCUAGUUAUAUUUGUAAAUAAAUUUAGUUUUAUAAGAUAAAAGAUAAACCACUGAUCCUGGUUAAACGCAUGUUGUAUAAAAACUGGAGAGAAGAAAUAAUCUGCGUGCAGUUAUCAAGGUAGCUGAACCUUCUUUAUUUUAAUUUUUUUCCCUCAAGGGUUGGGGGGGUUGUUGUAAAAUGUUCUAACAAAACCAUUUACUUUUCCAAUUUUCCAAGCUAUUAACCUCUGGUUUAAAAAUAGACGGGUUGGAAUUGAAUCUUGUAGGCUACUUUCCAUUUUUUAUUUUUUAUUUAUUUCUUGAUGAAUCUGCCAUUCAGGGUGACACACCAAAAUAAAAUACUGUAGCUGUGGUAAUCUUGUUUAAGUUCUGUUGUCUUUUUUUUUUCUUUCUUAUUAAUUAACACUUUGGUUACAAAAUUGUUUUUUUUUUUUACUGAUUUUUUUAAAUUUUUAAAUGAUUCUAUGUGUUAUCUGCUCUAUUGUCACCUCUUUUAAAAGUGGGCAAUAUCUUAUUUAAAAAAAAGAAACAACUGUACUGAGAGCCCCAAGUCAUUGUAAGGCUAGUUUCACAAAUCCGAGAGUCCCAAGUCUUUGUAGGGCUUGUCUCACAAAUCUGAGAGGUCCCAGUCUUUGUAGGGCUUGUCUCACAAAUCUGAGAGGCCCCAGUCUUUGUAGGGCUUGUCUCACAAAUCUCAGAGGCCCAAGUCAUUGUAAGGCUUGUCUCACAAAUCAUGUUAUCAAGCUAAUAAAUGGGGAAUAGAAAAUCAGUGGCAACUCUGUGGUAAACCAGUUAUAAAGAAGAAAAAAAAUCAGUGGCAAGUCCAACACUAGUGAUAGCACUGGUGAGCCAGUAGUGACAUUUAAUUAUUGGGGGCUGUAGAUCUCUAAAGGUAAACAUAUGUUUUCUUGUUUUUCAAAUAUGACUUACAAAAAUGGUGUUGCUUGCCCAGGAGUCUCAAACUUGGGGGUCCACAGGAUCCGGCACUUCAAACUUUCUUCUUUGUCCUUCAGAGGCAUUGGGGUAACAAUGCAAUGUUAAUAAGACACAGCUCUUAGUUUUGAAACAGGUUUGUUUGUUAGUAAUUAUCUUCUUGUGUCCAAUCCUGUAUUGUCAGACCCCUUCUUUACUCAAUUUUAUAUUAGGAGGUGAAUAGAGUCUGUGGGCCUAUUUUAAGAUUAUGUUUUACAUAGAGAUCUUUGUUCGAAAUUCUCAUUGGGAGAAGUGCCCAGUGCAGAAGCUUAUAGUAAGAAUCGUUACCUCGGUCUUUAGAUGGUCCAUUGUCACUGUUCUUAAAUCAAUGUUCAGAAUUUGUGUAGUACCCCUGGCUUCUGCGGACCACCGACUGUCCAUGGUGCUGAGAAGGCUAUUAACCACUGAAUCAUUACAAUUAACAGUGGUUAAAGAGCUGUUGAGUUCUGUGGGUUUACAAAUAUGAGUCCAUUGUUUUAUACAUUUUAACAACCCUGCUUUCACAUCGCUUUUCCUACAGUUUAAUAAACUAUUUGUUGUGGUGUUUAUGCAUUACCAGGAAUAUCGCUUCCCAGCGCCUUUCAAUUCUACAUGUGCCACCUGGAAGUGUCCAGUAAAAAUUAUUGUGGCUAGUUGAGAAGGACACUCAUCUAUACUCAUCUAUAUUUUCAUCAUAAGACACACCAGCCUCAUUGAUUAAAGUUUUGCCACACACCUUUUAUUUCUAUUAUUUUAAAUGUAUUUGUGAUGUGCAGCUUCCAAGUGAAUUAAUAUUAUAUUAAAAGACUAGGGUUAUUUUUAUUUGAAUGUAAUAUUUAGGUAAAAUGCCAUGAACACAAUUUUGUCCCCUUUGUGUUUAAGUAAUUUGAACCUUGUUGACACAACAGUGUGUUAGGACACAUCAAUUGAAAAAUUGUACACAUGCCAAAAGUUUGGGAAACCCUGAGAUGAAUACAAUUAAUCUUGUAUGUUUUACCCUAUUUUUGUCCAUGGGAUAAGGGUGGAUACCACACCUUCAUGGGAUAAGGGUGGAUACCACACCUUCACAGAUUUUUUUUUUUUUUUUUUUCUCCUCUCCAUAUUAGUGAAGAAAUUUUGUUGGUUUUUUUCAACAUUUUCUUUCCACAAUUUUUGAAUGCCUGUUCAGUUGCAAUGAUUAAAGUGUGCACAAAUGCUGUUCAGGGUGCAGCUAGAAUGUGUUCAUCCCUCUUGCACAAAUCCUAUUAGCAGUUCCCCCUCUACCACUGCACUUGGCCUACUUUCAACAAAAGAUUGAUCCAAUGUUUGGUCUGACAGAGCUAACACAUAAAUUUCUCAUAUUCAGGAGCUGGGAUAUGUAUUUCUCUGUUUGCAAGUAUCUCCCCACCCUGUCAGGCCCCCCUCCCCAUGAUUUAGUGGACUGAUUGCUUGUCUUGCCCCAGGUUAUGGAAUCUGGACUCUAUAGUGCAUGGUUGAUGGGGGAGGGGGCUGCUCUAUUUUAACAAGGCUAAUUUAGAGCAACAAAAGAAAAAAGAAAAUGAAAGUUCCAUGAGUGAAGCUAUUUAUGAAGAUGUUUUGGGCAUGUGAAACAAAAACAUGUUUCAAACUGAGGACUCUCAUAGUAUUUUUCCACUGAGGUGUAACCAUUUUUACUUUUAUAGCUCUUAUUGAAAUUUUUUUUUUUUUUUUUUUUUUUUUUUUUCAAUUAUCAUUUUUUUAAAGAAAAAGGGAUGUAGGUCUAUGUGGUUAUAGUUUUACAGGAACAUCUGCUUACUCACUAUCUUUUUUAUUCUGAACACAAUCCAUUAUAAACCCAAAUAAUAAUUUAAUUAAUUUAUAUAGUUUGCUGUUUUACUUUAAAAAGCAGGAUUAAUUUUGUGUUCUUUCUAGUACCGGUAUGAUUAAAAUUAUUACAGCCGCUUUCACUUUGGCUUAAAAAUCGAACACCUUUCUCCUGUCAAAAGUGUGAUUUUUAAAUAUAGUAUAGUUUACUUUUAUUUUAUUUAUUUUUUUAUUUAAACAUAAACUUGUUAUAUAUUUGAAUAUACCCAGGAUUGCCUCCUGUAAGAUGAUUAAUCAUGUUAAAAGCCUUUACCUGACACCCUUUAUUUUUUCUUAUUCUUAUGUCUUGUUAAGGCAUGAUGAUGGGCCCCCCACCCAAUGUUGUCAUCCCUUACGGCCUACCACCAAGCAUGGCCUACCUGCAGAACUUGGAUGAGAUCAAAGUCCACCAGAUACUGGAGCUGGCCGAAGGUGGGCUCAUUUUUAAACAUUGUAUUCAAUUAACAUUGUAUUCAACUCAAUGAUGCUGCUAUAGCUAUAACACAAUACAGAAAUACCUUGCUGCUUCGCAUUUAGUUUCACGUCCUCACUCCUUCACAGGUUUUCUCCUUGUAUAGUUUGUGGCAUACAUGAUUUUAUGUAUUUAUUGUUUUAAUUACUUUUGCGGUAAAAUAAGCAUUUUCAAGUUUAAAAAAUUGAAAAAAAUAUAAAUAUAACUUAAAUUAAAACUUUUUAGAAGAAUAUUAAAUCCAAAUAAAACACGCAGCAUAAGAGAAUAGAAAGUGUUUAUUAGUGUUGGCAAGAUUAAUAAAAUUGUGGGGAAGGUUGAUAAGAGUGUGUGAAGGGUUUAAAAUGUGUAUAAAUCCUACUAUGGUUUUUCUCUUGUAUUCAUUCAUAACAAGCGGUGCCUUGAAAAUCGUUUUAAAAGGUGCCUGCAGUUUUUCUCUAUACGUUUGUGGUCCAAGUAUGGAAACUUGAUUGGAAGCAUCUAUCACUUAUUAGCCAUUAAUUAAAGGUAGAGCAAAAAGCAUUUGGCAUUGCAAAAAAAAAAAUAUCUAUACAUCUAUAUAUAUAUAAAGGUGAAUGUUUGUUUGUGGCGGGCGGUGUUUGUUCCACAAAGGCUUUUACAUGGAUUGAUGGAUCUUGACCAAACUUGGAACAUAUAUCUAUCUUUAUCCGGAAGGAACUCUUAGGGGGUUAUGAACUUUUUAUAACAUUCAGUUUGGGGCCGGGGGCCCCGAAUUCGUUUUUUCCAUAUAUGCGCUAUAUUAAUAAAAUUAACAACAAAUACUCCUGCAUGAAUGGAUGGAUCUCGACCAAACUUAGUACACAUAUACUUGAUUAUCCAUAUUCAAAUACCGAAGGGUACUGAAAUCAUAAUAUCCAUCCCUCUGGGGCCGGGGGUUCCCGUUUCAUUUUUUCUUAUAUAAGCUAUAUAAAUAUUAAUAAGCUUAGUACUCCUACAUGAAUGGAUGUAUCUUGACCAAACUUAGUACACAUAUACCUGAUUAUCCAUAUUCAAAUACCCAAGGGUACUGAAAUCAUAAUAUCAAUUCUUCGGGGGCCGGGUGCCCCAUUUUACUUUUCCUUAUUUAAGCUUUAUAAAUAUCAAAAGGCUUAAACAACACAUUAGAUUCUAUUUGAAUUGAUGGAUCUAUGCCUAGCUUAGUAGCAAUACAGCAAUACCCUUCACUGUCUGUAUUGAAAUAUCGGUGGAUUUAAAACAUAUAAUAUCCAAUCAAGAAUUUUCCAGAAAGUUCCAUAAUUUUAAAAAGCAAUGUAUAUGGGAUUUUUAAACCGAUUUCAAUGGGACAAAUUUUAAAUUUUAACGUUAUUAUUUAUCAGAAUGAUUUUUAUAGGGCUCCCUAUCUCAGGCAUAACUAAAUCUGUACAGUUAUGGAAUGGGCCCCCAGGGGCCCCUUGAUUAAAUUAAAAGAAAAAGGAUUAUAAUUAUGUUAUUUGUUAAGGAUUUUUAUGAUAUUCAAAAAAUAUUUAGAAAAGUAGUUUUUACACAUGUUUCGAGCAGGUUAUUAAAUUUAAUCUAGAAUAUUCCAGAAAGUUAAAAAUUGUUACAAGGGAAUGAAUAUCUAGUGGGAUCUAAGGGAUUAUUGAAAUGUUAGUUAAUUCUCUUCAUUUCUAUACUGCCUUGGAGUUAACUGUUCUCUCAGUACCACUGAAGAAUUUUUUGAUGCGGGAUCCCAUCAUAAUCUUUAUCCCAACGGGAUUAGGAUCCCUCGGGAUCCUAACCUUGAAUGGAUCCACCGGGAUCAGGAUCACAACGGGAAAUGGGACUGCGCCGGGAUUGGUGUCAGAAUGGGAUUAGGGUUCCAAUGGGAUCGGGGUCACACCAGGAUGGGGUCUAAUGCAAUCCCGUGCAACGCCAGGUAUAUUGGCUAGUGUGUGUAUAUAUAUAUAUAUAUAUAUAUAUAUAUAUAUAUAUAUAUAUAUAUAUAUAUAUAUAUAAGACACACGCUUGUUCUAUAUAUAUUAUAUAUAUAUAUAUAUAUAUAUUGAAGUCACACGCUUGUGCUAAAUAGAUGUGGAAUGAGGAUGGAUAAAAAGUCACACAAGAGAAAAUUACCCUAAUCCAGUAGCUGACAACCUGUGGCUCUUUGUCAUGUAGCUCUUAAGACACUGCUAGUUACAAGAUCAAAAGUUAAUUUUUGGCUAUUUUUAUUCUUCGUCAUGUGUUUCUUGGAUACCACUGCUAGUUCCUAUUUUAAAACUUAAUAUUUGGCUCUUUACCCUGAACAGGCUCCCGAUCCUUAGCGUAGUCAAUCACUGAAAUAGGUCAAGUAUCAAAUAUCAAAUAGUCGGAGAAAUUAAUGCAUCUUUUGCCUGAGAACCUGCACUCCACCAGAGCAAACAGUGGGGUAUGAUCCAAGACAUACUCAGGAGAGGACACUGAACCAUCCCUCGGAAGGCAUCAAGAGAUAGAGGCCCUUGAGUAGCUGUUGGUUGCUGAUUGCUCUCACAUAAAUUGUUUUAGGAAUGGUAGGCCAAAACUAAUAAUUGACAUUUUCAUUUUAUUUCAUUUUUUUUUUUAAACUGAUAACUUAAUGAUUGUUUUUUUUUGUUGUUGUUGUUGUUGUUGACAGUGCUUAUUGGUUGGGAAAGGAACAACAAAUACAACAUCUGCAAUGGCCAGGACCAGAAGUUCAUGUAUGCCAAAGAAGGUAGGCAAGGGCUGUAAUUUAACUUGUGCUGAGUUAUCUCCCUUUUUGUACAGCUCCCUGUUGAAUAGUACUAUAAGUUGUUACAUUAUCAUUCUGUAGUAGAUAAUGUACAAUACUGUGAGUAUAAGAUCUCUAUAAGUCAGUCAGAAAAUUGUUUGGAUAGUAAAAUUGUUUAACACAAUGAGUCUUAAACAAGAGCUGGCUACAUGUUUUUAUCCUUUCUCUGACCAAAAAAAAACACACAAAAAAAUAAUCGACUGUGUUAAGUAACUGUCUUACCUUCUCUGAGACACUAACUUACCUUUCCUACGACGCCAUCUUGCCUCAGACACCAACUCAUCUUGUUUCAGACACUGACUGCUGUACACGUCAGUUUUGUGGUGUCAUGCGGCCAUUCGUUAUGAACGUCACAGACAACUAUGAGACCCCGCUCAUGACGCUGUACAGGCCCUUCCGCUGUCAGGCUUCUAUCUUCUGGUGCUGCUGCCUCCAGGAAAUGGAGAUCCAGUCACCCCCUGGGGUUCUGCAAGGCAGGGUUAAAGAAAUGUGAGUUAAAAACUAAUUUGUUGGUGCUGUUUAUCAUUUUUUGUCUUUUGUUUAUGUGUUACUAGCUAAAUUGAUUGACAGAGAUUUUUCCCUUUUUUAAAAAAAAAAUCCAUCGCUGAUUUUGUACCCAAUUUAUAAUUUAAAAAAUAAUUUGUUAGAUAUUUUGUUAGAUAUAUUUGAAUUCAAAAUUGUUUUUCUUUAUGUGCUGUAACAGAAGAAAAUAAGAACUCAAUUUGUAUUACCCUAAGAUGAGAUAUCCCUUGCCUGUAUGUUUCCUGUUUGAUUCACAUGAUGUCUGCUUAGGCUAUAUGGGGAGAGAAAGAUUUGACAGGGUGUAAAGCCAACCAGAAAUUGUAUAGAGUGUAGGCUAUAUCAGGAUCCCAUGCUGGUAGUGGAAAUUAAGGGCUGGCUGCGCUAGGCUGGACACUUAGAGAGAAUGCCAAAUGACAGAGGAUUGAAGAGGGUGCACCACCAAAACCCCAGAAGAAUAGGUCUCAGAGGCAGACCUAGGCUUAGAUGGAUGGAUAAUGUGGGAAAAAAUCUACAGCAGCUGGGAAUCUGUUAGGUCUGAGUGGAAGGAAGGGGGUGGAUGUAAGGGGAAUCUGUUAGGUCUGAGUGGAAGGAAGGGGAUGGAUGUAAGGGGAAUCUGUUAGGUCUGAGUGGAAGGAAGGGGAUGGAUGUAAGGGGAAUCUGUUAGGUCUGAGUGGAAGGAAGGGGAUGGAUGUAAGGGGAAUCUGUUAGGUCUGAGUGGAAGGAAGGGGAUGGAUGUAAGGGGAAUCUGUUAGGUCUGAGUGGAAGGAAGGGGAUGGAUGUAAGGGGAAUCUGUUAGGUCUGAGUGGAAGGAAGGGGACGGAUGUAAGGGGAAUCUGUUAGGUCUGAGUGGAAGGAAGGGGAUGGAUGUAAGGGGAAUCUGUUAGGUCUGAGUGGAAGGAAGGGGACGGAUGUAAGGGGAAUCUGUUAGGUCUGAGUGGAAGGAAGGGGAUGGAUGUAAGGGGAAUCUGUUAGGUCUGAGUGGAAGGAAGGGGACGGAUGUAAGGGGAAUCUGUUAGGUCUGAGUGGAAGGAAGGGGAUGGAUGUAAGGGGAAUCUGUUAGGUCUGAGUGGAAGGAAGGGGACGGAUGUAAGGGGAAUCUGUUAGGUCUGAGUGGAAGGAAGGGGAUGGAUGUAAGGGGAAUCUGUUAGGUCUGAGUGGAAGGAAGGGGACGGAUGUAAGGGGAAUCUGUUAGGUCUGAGUGGAAGGAAGGGGAUGGAUGUAAGGGGAAUCUGUUAGGUCUGAGUGGAAGGAAGGGGAUGGAUGUAAGGGGGAUCUGUUAGGUCUGAGUGGAAGGAAGGGGACGGAUGUAAGGGGAAUCUGUUAGGUCUGAGUGGAAGGAAGGGGACGGAUGUAAAGGGAAUCUGUUAGGUCUGAGUGGAAGGAAAGGGAUGGAUGUAAUGCCACUACUGGCAAGAUGUUUCAAUUUUUGGGGGUAAAAAUACUUUUUUUUAAAUGAAUGUGCACAAUGUCAUAUAGCUUCAACUUCUUCAAGACCAACAUUUCUCAGGGCUCUCUACGUCUUAGGAGGCUGAAAGUUGAUACACAUUUUAUUGUGGUGAAAUUUGUUAAUCUUUGGAAACUUUGUGGAACCACAAUCGACCUAUUUAAUGGUGUCUUUUCAAACAUGUUUCAUUGGGAAAAAAAUUGUGAGUGUGUAGUUGUCAUAUUUUAUUAAUUUAAAAAAAAACCCUCAUAUUAAUUAAAUGUUGUAAAAUAUCUUCUAUCCCCCCCCCCCUCUCUCUCUGUCUCUUUACAAAAUGUUCUUACUUAGGUUGAAAGUAUGAAAGAGGUUUUUAUUGUGGUGAAAUUUUUUAAUCUUUGGAAACUUUGUGGAACCACAAUCGACCUAUUUAAUGGUGUUUUUUCAAACAUGUUUCAUUGGGAAAAAAAUUGUGAGUGUGUAGUUGUCAUAUUUUAUUAAUUUAAAAAAAAAAACCCUCAUAUUAAUUAAAUGUUGUAAAAUAUCUUCUAUCCCCCCCCCCCUCUCUCUCUGUCUCUUUACAAAAUGUUCUUACUUAGGUUGAAAGUAUGAAAGAGGUGAAAAUCAAAGGUGGUCUCCACAACCCCAGUGCCCCUUCUUUCUGGUUUUCCCUUGUCAUUAUGAGCAAGCAAAGUACACAACCAGUUGAGAUAGUAUCCUACAAAACUUGACACUUGAAAUACAGGACAUUCCUGUGGUUUUUAACCAGGUCUUACAUUUUUUUUAAUGCCUCUUACAACAGUUAUUUAUUUCAUUUACUGAUUCAAGGAACUUAAUUUCACAUCAUAUUCUCACCCCCCUCCCUUUUUUAUCCCCCCCCCCCCUUUUGCCUUUUAAAAAUAAUAUUCUUUCAUUUCUUCUCCCUCACCCCCCCCCCCCCACACACACACAUACAUGCACACACUUUUAAAAAUAAGUUUCUUCUCUUCCUUCCUUCUCCCCCACCCCUAAAUCUAGUGCAACUUUUUGUACCUAAUAACUUGAAAGAUUAUAUACUCAUGUCCAUAUCAUUUGCACUUGUUGACUUGAAGAUAAGAUGUUGUUUUUUUUUAUUUUAAAUAUUUCAUCUCACCUGUGAGUUGUAAAACUGCCAAAAGAAGUGGCUUAAUUAGUUGAUAUUUUAAUCUGUUUAUAAAUUCCCCUCAGUAAUCUAAAGUAAACUUACGACACCAUGAAAGGCAUACCUUUCAGAGGCUUGGUUGCUAGCUGGGUCAGUGGACAUAGUGGGAAAUAGUUCAGAUGAGAUCAGCAUUUGCCAGUAAAGAUGCCACCUUAAGGAACAGCUCCUUCACUCAAUAAUACAACAGGCACAAUACUGCACCAGCAGAAUACUGUGCUGCCACACCACAAUGCACCACCACAGGAUACUGUGCUGCCACACCAUACUGCACCACCACAGAAUACUGUGCUGACACACCAUACUGCACUUUAAAAUAUAGGCCCACAUUUCAGUGUCUGCAUUCAUAUUGAGCUUCUUAGACAUGGUGUAACAUAAGAGUCUUAUGUAAAUAGUCAAACAUUUGUAUUUUACUCAACAGUUAUUUUAGACCUGUGCUUUUUAAACAUUUUAUAGUGUAAGGGAUCAGAAAUAAUUUUCCAUUUUGCAGAAGUUGGUGUUGCCCAAGUUAUUAGACAAUGCCCCGCAUCAAUUAUCUUAGUCUUAAAUUUUCAUCAGUUCCUGACCAGUGUCUGAGAAUCUGUGGUCAGGUGCCAAUCUCUGAGUAGCAGUGGGGCUAGAAAAAAAAAAUGUUCCUCAGUUGAAAUCCUCUAAACCCUGUCAAUAUAGCGUAUUUCAUUAUGUUGGACGCAUGGGUCAAAUGCAAUCUAGCCAAGUUUGUUUAACCAUUAGAGCAUGAACUACAAUAAAUAUCCUAUGAAAUCAUAUUUUUUAUACAAGAUAAAAAUUCCUGACCCUAGCCAUCCGCACUUUUACAGUGCUGAGAUAACUCCUUCAUGUAAUAUGCCGCAAGUGCUUUGCCCUAGUUUUUCUUUGAAACACAGUUUUUGUUUUUUUUUGUUUUUUCUUUUCAUUGAGGCCCACUUCGGGGCCUCGUGUCUGAAUUUGAAGAUGUUUGGAAUACCUACCAUCUUCUUCUACAUAUUAAGGGCCCACGAUCAAUUUAUAGAUCAUUUUGGCUCCUAUGCAUGUAGAGGGGAUUUGCAAUGUCUCUGUGCCUGGUGUUGAUGAGGACAUUUCACUGAUUUCCAGUGCCACUUUGUGAGGGAAUCAUGCACUGGGGGUUUGAAGGCUUGAGGCAAUAAACACAAAUAAGUAUAGUGUUGUGGCCUCAACUGUUCCUUUUGAAAGCUUGUUCCAGUCCCUGAUUGUCUUGGGCAGGAAUGAGCAGUUCCUAUACUGGCUUCUUGCUGGUAUGAGCCGGAAUUGCCUGUCAUGGCUUCGUCACUGUCAAUGGGGGAGAGGGACGAGUUUCUGUUUAAUACUGGAACAGUGUACCAGCCCAUUAUUUAUCUUGUACAUAAUGGAGAGCCUGGAUUGUCGUCGUCGUUCUUCCAAUGGUGACCAGCCUAGUGUUUCCAGCAUGCUGCCAACACUAGAGGUAUUCCUAAAGCGGUUCAGGACAAAGCGUGCUGCCCGUCGCUGGACCGCCUCCAACCUGUCAAUGCUCUUCUGGAUAAAUGGGUCCCAGACUGAAGAUGCAUAAUCUAAAACCGGAUGGACAAAGGCUUUAUAUGCUCUUUCUUUCACGCAGGACUUGCCAAUCUUUAGAUUACGCCUUAAGAAUCCCAGGGUCUUAUUUGCUUGGUUACAUACAUUGUUAAUAUGCUUGUCCCAGCAGACCUCUCUUUGAAUGGUAACACCCAGGUACUUUACGGAGUAAAAUUCAUUCAUCAUAAUUGAGUAUUCAUUCAAAUGCUUUUUGGAUAAAAAUCAUUAUCUGUGAGUUGGGUUUGCAAACAAUAAUACAAAGAAUAAUACAAUGACACAAUAACAUUGACUGUAAUCAAAGCUCUAUACACUGACCUAUUCUGACAAAUAAUUCUUUUUUUUUUGCCCUACAGUUUUUAUUUUUUGAAAAGUCUGUGAGGGAGUUCCUGAAAAAUAAUCUUAGGAAAUGUGAAUUGAUCCCGAUUUUAGGAAUUUAUUUUAGCAUCUUGUUUAGUCCUAAAUAACUAUCAUAACAUUACACAUCCAAGGGAAAGUAUCAAAUUUGAUUUAUAAAUGGAGGCAUAAUAUUUGCCAUCUUUCAGAUGAGAUAAGAUUAUUGAUCCAUAUAAAUGGAAAUAUUUUUUUAAAUACAUUGUAAAUAUUCAUUUUCAGCAAUUAAAUAAAUACAUAUUUAAACCAAGACAACAUUUUACAAUUAUAACAAUUUAAACAAUAAACAUCUAAAGUAUGUCUCUUGCAUAGUAAUAAGCCAUAAAUGAUCUCCUUAAGUGACAAUAAUGAGUUAAUUAGUGAUUAUUCAGAUUUAGUAACUGCUGAUGUAUAUAAAUAUGCAUCUACAGCUUAUAGAAACAUCACAGAAUUAGCAAAGCGUCAUCAAUAACGGUGAGGGGAGAGGAAAGGAGCCAUAAGGAAAGAGACGCGAUACCUUAAUUCAUUUUUUAAAAUUUUGAUAAAUUCAUUAUGUAUAUGUACAGUAAGAAGGGACAUUCUGCCCAAAUUUCUAUCGAUAAGUUUUAAUUUGCUUUUUUUUUUUUAUAAAGAGCAUGGAAUUAAAUUAUGAUCUUUUCUAUGCUUCCAUCGAUGUUAGUUAGAAAACUUUUGCUUUUGUUUCAAUAAAAAAAAUUAAAAAAAAAAAAAAAAAAAAAAAAUAAAAUAAAAAAAGGGGGAAGGGGGGGGGGGGGGUAAUAUUUAUUUUUAUUUGGUAUGGUGCCAUAUAUUUUCAGUCAAACCACUUGCACAUUGCUGCAGACAUACAUAUUUUUUUUUUAUUCAUUGACUGUUUGAACUGUUCUGUAACAAUCUGUAAUUUUUUUUUCAUAAUGAAAGUCUAGUUUAUCCCUUGAUGUAAUUUUUCCUGUGUUCUAUUACUACAGUGUCUAUAUGUGUCUCUAUGUUUCUCUGACAGAUGGACUUGCUGGAUCCCCAAGUAUAAAGUGUAUGAUGCACAAAACCAGUGUGUUUUCACUAUUGUGGGGGACUGUUGCUACUGCAAGUGCUGCACUGAUGUAGUUUUCAAGGUAGGUUCCAUCCUGGCCUGGUCCAUUCAGCCCGAUCGUAGCGAUGCGUUAUGCUAACCAUGGGGGUGUCUGAUGCCAACUGUGAUGGUGUGCUGAGCUGACUGUAGGGAUGUGUGGCCCCCGUGGAUGUAGUUAUAUGUGUUGUGCUGACCAUAGGGGUGUCUGGUGCCAACUGUGGUGGUGUGCUGAGCUGACUGUAGGGAUGUGUUGCCCCCCUGGAUGUAGUAAUAUGUGUUGUGCUGACCAAAGGGGUGUCUGGUGCCAAUUGUGAUGGUGUGCUGAGCUGACUGUAGGGAUGUGUUGCCCCCGUGGAUGUAGUUAUAUGUGUUGUGCUGACCAUAGGGGUGUCUGGUGCCAACUGUGGUGGUGUGCUGAGCUGACUGUAGGGAUGUGUUGCCCCCGUGGAUGUAGUAAUAUGUGUUGUGCUGACCAUAGGGGUGUCUGGUGCCAAUUGUGAUGGUGUGCUGAGCUGACUGUAGGGAUGUGUUGCCCCCCUGGAUGUAGUUAUAUGUGUUGUGCUGACCAAAGGGGUGUCUGGUGCCAACUGUGAUGGUGUGCUUAUGUGUGGUGCUGACCAUAGGGGUGUCUGGUGCCAACUGUGGUGGUGUGCUGAGCUGACUGUAGGGAUGUGUUGCCCCCGUGGAUGUAGUAAUAUGUGUUGUGCUGACCAAAGGGGUGUCUGGUGCCAAUUGUGAUGGUGUGCUGAGCUGACUGUAGGGAUGUGUUGCCCCCCUGGAUGUAGUUAUAUGUGUUGUGCUGACCAAAGGGGUGUCUGGUGCCAACUGUGAUGGUGUGCUGAGCUGACUGUAGGGAUGUGUUGCCCCCCUGGAUGUAGUAAUAUGUGUUGUGCUGACCAAAGGGGUGUCUGGUGCCAACUGUGGUGGUGUGCUGAGCUGACUGUAGGGAUGUGUGGCCCCUGGAUGUAGUCAUGUGUGUGGUACUGACCCUGGUGAUAUGUGGCACUUGUAUGAUGUAAUGUGUUGGACUGGAUUAUAGUGAUAUUCAACAGGUGAGGAUCUGUUUAGUAAACCACACUGAUAUUUUUCAUGGAAAUAAAAUCCUACAGCAAAGAAAUGAUCAUCACUAUUUCUGUUUCCAAAAGAAAACGUAUCUUGCUAGCCAUAAAUUUGAUUCACAUAAUCCUUGUGUCACACGCUAAAAUAUUUAUCUUAGACUUCUUCUAAGUCCGACUGGUUUGAUGUUUUAUCUACCCUGAUGCAAUUUUACCUACUGUUGUAAACACUUUAAUCAGCCCCCUCUCCGCUCCAACAGGUGUUUCAGGGUGACAGCGAGGGCACGGAGGAGGGGCAGAUCAUCAAACACUGGGGUGGAUGCCGGGAGGUGUUUGGGGGUGCUAAUGACUUCAGCAUCAAGUGUGAGUACCAGCUGGACUUUUUAUUUUUACAACCAUGAGACAUGGGUCAAACGAUCUGAAUGCAAGGAUAAAAUAAAAUAACCUGAAAGAAUUUAAAUAUUGAUAUUUUCCCUUCUUUUUAAUUAGAGAGGAAGCCUGCAUCUCUAGAUCUAAUUAUUUCUCUAUCCGUUGUUAAGAUCCUUCCCUCUUGUAACUCACGGGACUCACUACUGUGCUGGAAGAUAUCUUGACAUCGACAUUAUAAUUUUUUUUUAAAUUGAUGAAAAGAGAAUUGAGCGGGUUGGUGUUGAGGACUCAUGUGCUAUUCAGAUUGUUUGCCUACUAAAAAAAAUAGCAUCUCCCUGUAUGUCAUUGAUGGGUCUAACAAUAAUUGGAAACAAAAUUAUAUAUAUAUGUGUUAAAAAAUUGUGAAAUUUUAACUUUUUUACUAAUUUUUGUGUUGUCAAUUAUAUUUAUAAUUAAUUAUGAAUGAUUCAUGGGAGGAUUCCAAUCACCAAAUUCUUAGUUUGAAUGUACCGAAGGCAAUCCUAGGACUCCAAUACUAAAGUCUACAACCGUUGUUUUGAUGUCAUAUUAAGCAGGAAUCAGUUGCUUCCCUUGUUUACAGGCUUUCCUGUGGUUAUUAAUUUUGUGAUGAUAAUAACCAUGAAAUGUUGUUCUAGUUAAUAGUAAAGAAUCUCAAUUUUAUCAUCUUCCCUCCCACCCCACCCCCACCCCUUUUUCUAGUCCCAGCCAACAUGGAUCUGAUGAAGAAGGUUCUACUUUUUGGGGCGACUUUUCUCAUUGACUUCAACUACUUUGAAUACAGAGGAAACCAGUAGACAAGUCAAGGGUGAACCACGCAGCUCAACCUUGCUGCAUCAGGAAUAAGGCCUGUAGCAGUCAUGUAUGACACUUGCUUAAAAGAAAAAAAUUAACAAAAUCGCUAAAUGCACAACAUUGCAUGCAGGCUGCUUACUCAAAAGCUUCAAUUCUGUUAAUAUUUUUAUGUACAUGUAUUUGGCAUAGAUUUUCAUCCUCGACCGGAUGAAAAUUUAUUUUUCUUUUGCUAAUGCUAUUUUUUGUAAUGCCCGUUUUAAAAUGAACCGUGGUGCAGAUUUUGAACGCAGAACAAAAUACUUCAAUGACGACUCUGUGUGCAUUUUGUGAACAUAAAAACUUUUGUCAUAUUGUUCUAUAGCUUUACUUCUUUUUGCAGACACAUUGUGAUAUUAUACACAGACAGUGAGCCAGCAAAUCAAAUUUUUGUAAAUAAAUUUUACUUGAGAAUAAGUAAUUGUAAUUGCAUUUACAACAUUUUUUUUUUUUUAACAUGUUUUUUGGAAAAUAUUUUGAACAAGAAGAUUUUGAUUUUUAAAUGUUCAACUUAACAGCAAAAUGCCUUUUAAUUUUAACUAUACAUUUCUCUAGACGUUCAGGUAUUCACUUGAAACUUUGAAUUCAGCAGAAAGAGGAUGCCAUUUAUUUACAAUGCAUUUACAGUGUUCAGCGGGAGGACCUCAUCAUUGACUCCCAGACUACAAAGGAUGCAAACAAAAACAGUUUUAAAUGUGUUUGAUGUAAAUUUUCCUUUGACAAAAGCACAUAUGACUCAAAGGGACAUUUUUUUUUCCAUAGCAUCUCUCUCAUAUAUUACAUAUCUUUAUUUAAUUAUUUGUUUGAAAACCAACCAGUUACAUGAAUUUUUGUAUGCGUUUAGUAGCUGUGGAUAUAAUGACCUAAGUGUGCCUGUCUGAAAGCACGUAAUCUAAAGUUGAAUAAUAAUCACACUAGUGACUUCAUUUAUUCGAACAGCUCACUAGGAAUUUAGUCUGUCUUUAUAAUAUUAUCUAUACAUAUAUAUAUAUAUAUAUUUUUUACCCCUUCAAAACAAAAUCUGACCAAAAAAUCUGCAGAUAUCAAGUGUGCAUCGCUCCAUGUCCACCCAGCACAUACUGUUAUUUUAAGGAAUACAGUAUUUUACAAAGGGGUGUAUGAAGCUAGAAUUAGGUUUUCUUUUCCUUUUUUUUUAAAUAAUAUUUUUCCAUUUUUUUUCAAAUUUUAAAUCUUUUUACUUCAGUGUUAACACCUGAUGUUUGCCUUUACUUUUUUUUUUUUAUUGUUUUAUGUUUUUUAGGAAAGUAUUUUUGGGAGAUUUGAUAAGUAUAUUGUACUUUAAUGUAAAUAAAUUUUACUUUUUUUUGUAAAAAUAUAUUUUUUUAUAUUUUAUGGUGUGUUGGUCAAUUUUAUAGUAUUCCACAGAUUUGAAUAUACAAACAAAAACUUUUAAAAAAAAUAAAUAAACAAAUCAAUAUUUGUCAUUGUUUGAGUUAUGCAUUGCUUUUUUUGGGGCAAUAUUGCACGAUUUAAUGCUCAACAGAUUUGCCAGCAAUGCCUUUAUAUUAAAUUUGUAAACUUUAAAAUGUAUUUUAUGACCUUUUCUUUUUUAAAAAAAACCCAGUGUAGUUAAGUAUUUGAACUUUUAUUUAAUUUACAGCAGUGAUAGCACUUCAGAAAUUCCAUCAAACCCAUAUUUGUACAGUGAACAUUCAACAUGACAUUUAUUUCAACAAAUAAUAAUCAUAUUUUUGAAAAAAUCAAAAUACAUAAUCAUUGAGGGGAAAAAGGAUGUAUUUGUAAUUAUUUUACAGUUUAAAUACAAGAAAUGUGGUGUUUUUUUUUUUAAAUCAUGAUUUUAUGAACACAAUUAUAGCAUAUAACUUUUUUAACAUGAAUUGAAUGAAAGAUAAGCCAUUUUGCAAUGUCAAUAAUUAUACAUUAGCUGAGCCAACGGGCAACUGCAUAAUACAUGAAGAAGUGCAUAAUAAUAAUUCCAGGUGACUCUCCAUUUAUCCACCAAUGCCUAGUUGUAUUGAUGGUGGGUUGCUCAAUGUGUUCUUUUGUGGGCAUACUUGAUCAAGCACAGACAGUGUUGGGAAGCAGCUAGUGAGACCGCAGCAUGGUGCGCAAUGAGAGCCGGGCAGACAACCCUGGAAUUAUUAUUAUAGAAGAUAAAAAGUUUGUACAAAAAAAAUUGCACAAAACAACAAUAACUUUAUUUGAUGUAAAUCAUUAGGUCCAUCACCAUCAUCACUUUUUAAUGACCAUCCAGCCACCAGAUUUACUGAACGUACUCUCUAAGCCCUAUUCUAAUGAUAUUAUUAGCACUGAGUUUUUGUGUUUAACCUUCACUUACAAAGAAACUGCCCUUCUUUUCUUGGUUUCUGUUAAAGUUUGAGAGUAGCUGCACAUCUCUCUCUGUACAUCAUAUAAUGUAUUUACUAACUUUGCUGUAGAGUGUGUAACUGAUGCUUAUAUAAUUAUACCAUGAAUUAGCUUUAGCCCACCAAAGAAUGGCGGGGGAGCAAUGGGUGAACUUCCAAUCUACUUAAGUUACUUGACAUAACAUGCAUUCAACUAAUGCAAUUAAUAAGAUUCCCAAUCAAUGAUAUGACCCCAUCCUGUACGCUAGCUACCCUGAACUAGGUUAAUAUUCUAAUUUCCCAGCCCCAAAUUACACCGCAUAUUUCUAACACCAACUAUUUAUCUGAAACAAAAGAAUAUAUUUCUCACCACAAGCAUUUGGGGUAAUUUUAAGACCCUCAUAUAGCACCGUUAUCGGGUAUUUUAUUUUGCACAUGAUAUUCAACAUUACCUGAUCUUCAACCUUACCUUUAGUGGCGGACAUUGUAACAUGAAGAACUAUUUAUGUUGAUAUCAUCACAAUCACUAAUAGCAACAAAGUAGGCAGAAAUAAGUAGUUCACUUUGAUCAUGCUAGUUCACAUAACUAAAGCCAUAAUUAGAUAGAUAUACUAUUUUUUUAGUGAUUACUUUUAUUAAAAUGUACUUAGUAUAUUUUUUUGUAUUUUGGAAGGGAGAAUAUUUAUUUUAAAGCUGUUUAUUAAGAUCUACGAACUAUUGGAUGUGAUAGCUCUACUUUAAAAAAUAAUAAAU